CGCAAAUAUUUGCUUAAGUGCAUGGAGCAGACUAUUGAGUUGUUCGCCAUCAAUUCAAACGUUUAUAACAUGAAAUGUAUCACAAUCAGCUGAUUAAGAGCGAUCCACAACGAGAAAUUCGUACCACAAACUUAUUUGUUUGCCAGUCCAGGACAACAGAACGCGCUAAAGAGUAUUCGUUCAAUUGCUGAAUGUGACAGGCCUGAUGUUAAUCCAGUAGCAAACUGUAGUCAUUUUUUGUAACAGUUAGAAUACCCUGUCAUCAUUUAAAAAUUUGUGUUUUUGAAAGUAGUUUUCUGACAUUUGUAAUUUGCGAGACGUUACCUUAGCUAGUGACUGUGAGGCUGUAUCGCAGUGGCCCAUAGAAGAAAGCCGUUUGUUGAACAAGUUUUGGGAAACUAUGGAGGAUGCGAUUGUGCCGAGGCAGGAGGUACCAGAAAAAGUUGACGUCCUCUUGAAAGCGACUGGUGAUGCGCCAAUUCUCAGAAGGUCCAAAUGGAACGUUCGAUCUGAGCUGACAGUUGCCCAAUUGAUGAUACGCGUAAAACAAAUUUUACAAUUAAAUCCAAAUGAGUCGCUUUUCUUUUACGUCAAUCAAGCCUUUGCUCCACCUCUCGACGAAAAGCUAUCCACUCUUUUUGAAGUGUAUUCUACAAACGGAAAGCUGGCACUUCACUAUGCUAAGACCGAGGCGUGGGGUUGACCCACUGCUGUGAAAUUUGAAGAAAUGAGAACAUUUUUGUAUAUAUGAACUUUCAUACAAGUAAGGUAAUCUGCAGAUGUAAAUGGUAUAGUUGCGAAACUACUUAAACAGUCCUGUAAAUACUGUGGCGUUUAUUACUAGACAUUUUAUUUAUUCGUUAAUGCAAUAAAAUGUGUUUCUCA